AUGGACCCCUUUGAGGGCUUUAUAACCUCCGACAUCACUAUCAAGGAUGAACCAGUCGUGAAACCGGAGCCCCCUGUCGCGCUCCAAGCCGACCACUUCCCCUUCAAAUGGACCCCUGACGGCUUCAAGUGCCCCUCUUGUCCCUUCAAAACGAAAAUCGAGGGCUGUCUCCUCAACCACAUCGAGAAAAAACACCCCGAAAUCAACUUCAAACGCGAGAAAACCCUCAAAUGUGGCCACUGUUCCUACCAAACCGAGCACAAGUCGCAUUUCGCCAGUCAUGUUUUGAAAAAGCACACCCCCGAGGCCCCCUUGCAGUGUCAACAGUGCCCCUACGUAGCCGUGACGGAAAAGGGCCUUCUGAAACACCAAAACAAACACAAAGCCUCUCUCAAGUGCCCCCAGUGUGACUACAAGGGCAAAGCCCUAAAUUUACUCAAAGUGCACAUAAAUUACAAGCACACCGAGUGGCUUAAAUGCAACCAAUGUGAGUUUAAAACAAAAGGCAAGCGGAAAUUAAACAAUCACGUGACCAAAGUGCACGAAACUUUGACGGUUAAGUGUGAGAAAUGCCCCUACAAGGGGGCGACGAAGUCCGAUUUGGGGGUGCACCAAGAGCGGGAACAUUCACAGUACGAGUGCCCCCAUUGUGACUUUAAAUCCAAGUACAAGGCGGGGAUUACCCGACACUGUUUUUACAAACACACGGUAUUUGAUGAAAUCAAGUGGUUGGAGUGUGAAAAGUGCCCUUUUAAGGCCAAAACCGAGACUUUUCUUAAAGUUCACGUCAUUAAUGAGCACACUGAAGCGAAAGAGUGA